AGGCCCUCUUUGAAAAGGUUGUCGUUGUACAUCUACAUUAGUCGUUGUGUGCAAAUAAAGAAGCAGAUGCAUUUAGAAGAGCCCGGCCCUAAUCUUCCUCUACACACAGCGUACCGACGUGAAGUUACUUUGUUCGUUUGGGCGUUAAGUGGAGAUUGGGUUUGCAUUACACAAUGUUGGUAACCGGCAUGUAAGAUUGCAACGAACUUUCGGAAUCAGACACUCGAUGUUCUUCCAGCAAUCAUAAUGAAGGGGUGCUGAAGCUGCGGCGAUUUGUGCCAGAUUCUGUUGCCGCGAGCGGGCUCUGCGGGGCUGAUCGGCGUUGGCGGGAUCUUCUGGGUCCGUGUGCCGUGGCGGCGCCGGCCCGUGGGGCCGCGGUGAAGUACAUGAGUUCAUGCCUCCAAGACCCGUACGGCUAAGGAUCCACUCCACACUGCACGAGGCCGGACUCAGAGUAAGUAGACACAACCCGGCCGCCCGCAAAGUUAUACCCCGAUCGAUUAACAGGAACACCACGCCCGUGCCGUUCGUUGGCCGGAGACCAGAGCCGCUUCGGGUUUGACGAGUCGCGGUGUCUUUUCGCAGCCGCGGGGCAGUGCCUCACGACCAGGAGACCGCGGCGGCAAGCGGAUCAAGUUGCCGGACCACACGCGUUGUAUCCCAGUCAACAGUUCAACCACGUGUAGGCGCUUUGGCCAAGUUUAGCCAAGAACGCACGAAAACGUCUUUCUACUUAUCCUGCGCGGAAGUAACACAGCGGGCUGACGUCGAAACAAUCGAAGCCGGGGUGGUGGGAUCGCCAUCCUUGCGGCAAGUGAAGAACCCGCUUGCCGGCGCAGCUGCUGGCCCGCGCAGCCUUUGACAGCACGACCAAGCACUUUGCCUGCGACCGCGACACCGAGGUAAGCAGGCCCUUUUCGGCCGUGUCUCGUCCCUCCGCAGGAACUAUUGUCCAUGCGCAGAUUCUUCGGAAUGGGGGGCGGCGCGAGUAAGAGCAAGAAACAAGAGGCGGUCGCCGCCGGGGCCGCGCCGGAGCCCGCGGCGGCGCAGCUGCAGGAUCCCGAGGACAAAUACGAGCCAACGCGGGCCGACAAGGGUAUCACCGGAAAAGGAGGUCAGUGACAGUGCAGUGGAAAUUUUUCAGAUUGUUAUUGGACAGGGAGGACACGAUGAUAGAUAGAUGCAGCGCUUGUUGUGUCAACACAGGCAGGAGCUAUGUGCUUGCAUUUCAGGGCACAAAGGCUCGGAGCAUUUUGUGCUCUCAGCCUGUGCUGCAUUGUUGUACAUCAUGAGGUUCCUCCUUGCUCUAGGAUUCCUGAGGAAUUGUUGCAAUUGCGCCGAACAGAAACAACCUGCGAAAAAAAACCUCUCGUGUCAUGCAAAGAAAAACUGUCACUAAUAGACUUUCUUCCCUCGAUCAUGGAACUCAGCAAAAAGAUAAGCGUAUCAAUUGACAAAAGCCAAGCUCCGCGUCGCCUCGAACAUACAGCGCUUUCAUGAAAUGAUCGGGAGAAUUAUGUACGAAAAAGAAACUUGAUUCUUUAUCAGCAUUCGUCUCUACUGGGCUGCACACCUGAUUACACUUUUGAAGAAACUCGCCCCCCGGAUAAUUUGAAGGCCGCCAACGGUUAUUUCAGCGCAAUUUCUAUCUAGCUUCCACAGCAGAUGCGACUCAGCUAGGAAUUCAGGUUUUGUGGGUUCGUUGUGCGGCGGGGGCACGGUUUUCCUCAUUGACACUGCCCCACGACAGCUGCACAAAACGGGGCCAGCGGAGGGAUCGCGAAUGCGGCCAGUGCUCUGGGUGAAAGUGGCGGGUAUCGAGAUAACAGCGAAGCAGUCGACGUCAUUAUCCAGAAGAAAAAAGCCAGAACCAGAAGUAGGAUCGACGCUGGAUAAUAACUUAUGCAGCACAGGUUUAACGCGAUUCCAUUUCCAUACGAGGAAAAACUUUUCAUUUUGUAAACUCGAGCAGCGGCUUUUUCGCAAGCAAGAUGGAUAGGUAGCAUUGCACUUGCUGCAAUGGAAGCGAUGUCGUCAGCGAAAAUAAGGGGAGAUGUAGAAGUUUUCGCCAAUUUGGCGAAAACUUCUACAUCUCCAAAAAAAAAUCGAAGUCGUGCCUUUUUGGAGCACCUUGACAUUUUUUUUCCUGGGAUGAUGAGCUCACGACAAGAGCAGGAGAACAGCGAGGAAACGGAGGAAGACAUGCUGGAAAACAUUUUGAAAGAAAAGGUGCAGAAAACAUUUUUUCACUUUGAUUUUUUUGCGAUUAGUACGCUUCUUGAUGUCGCAAAAAUGUAGUCGUACUUUUUGUUUCUUAUGCUGAUGAAACACGGCCAGAAAUUCACGGAUUCAACAUUGCGAAUUGAUUUGAUCACUAGUCAAGUAGGCACUUACUAAUGGCGCUGCUCAACUUCUUCUUCAGAUAUCGCAGCAGCAGCCGCGGCCACGGUCAAACCGCUCGAACAUAACGAACAACUCCAAAACCAGUCCCGUAGAGGACCAGCUCCUGCCCGGGUCGUUGAUAUGGCUUGGAAAAGUUAGAUGUCGUACUUGUGUAGGGACGAGAUGAAACUGUUGCAUAUAAGGAUCACAGAUGAAAACUGGCGCAGCUUGUCAUGCGAAAUCAGUAGACACAAGUAGUAUUUAUUGUCACAGAGUAGUUGUACUUUUGCAAUUGCCUUUGCCCUGCGAGUGCGAUACGACCUUUGCGUACCAUACCUGACGUCAAACAACAACAAAUCACCGCUGCAGAUUAUCCAAGAAAAGAAAUGCGCAAGUGGAAAUCCAAAACUAUAUCUGUGUAGGGAUAACAGAUAGUACAUGCUGGGCUGCAUUUCAUUUGCAGGUUGUUUGCAAGCCGCGUGCAGAAGUAGUUAUUUCCACAAGAGUUCUUGUACGGUCCGGUAGUACAAGAACUCGCGUAGACAUAAACAGAUUGUAUCUACACAUGGCAUGAUGUUCUUUGCUGGCAUGCCAGACGGCAACAACAUUCCGCGCGCCGGCCCAAAAAAGUUGUACGUCACCAAAGACGGCACUUUUUUUCUUGGACACAGGUGAAUUCGCACAACACCCCCGCAUCGAGCAGCACGCGACCCGCCCGAUUUUCCGCCUCGGUGGAGCCCACGGCGAAUUUAUCAUGCGGAUGAAAAUUGCCUAGGACCUCGUGUGGAAACGAGUUUUAAUAUUCGCGAACUAGUUGGAACAGUUGCGUACGGAUCUCGUCAGAAGUUAGCGCACCAUGUAUCAUUCUAUCAGUUCGCUGUACUAUUAAUGGCACUCAUGACCGCCUGCUUGCUCGCUGACAGAUGAGGAAGACUACUUUUUGCCUUUUUGUUGACGUGCAGGUCAUGUCCAGGUCGAAAAUUAUGCAAGGGAGUUUUUCUCACCACACGGACACGACUGACAGUCCGGGCAAUUUUCGUAAGAACACAGGCGGUACGCGAAAGGGAACAACAGUAGCAGCUCCGGCAGGUCACCGCAAGCUUCGCCGACCGCGGCGUCCGGCACGCACGCCGCGCCGUCACCGACCUUUGGCGGUUCCUCCACCAGCACGGGGGGCGGGAAGGGGGACCUACUGCGGCGGGCCGCGGGGGGCAACAGCAACCAGGACGAUUUUAUGUGUUGCAAGACCAUUUACAAGGAGCUAGUCGUGGUUGGUGUAAGAGUGAGCGCAGCACGUCGGCGAGUAAAAAAAGCUGCAAAGUGUCGUUUUGGCGUACGGUAAGAAUUACGGUUGCAUGAGUAAAAGAGAUCGAUGCUAGGCAAAAUAAAUCUUCAAACUACACUAGGAGAACCCCGGACGGCGCAAGCAACUUGCGGAAGUACCGGAGGUUCUUGACGAGUGUAACUAUGGCGCUACAGUGUGCAUAUUUAAAAAUAAAAAUACAUCACCACGACGAGCCAGCAAUGUUUGCACUGCAUACCCGCCGUCGCACUUGUCAUUGCGGGCUUCGUUCCCCAGGGAGAUAAUCAAAUCGCCGCUAGAAAAAACGAUGUGGUGACGGUUCUGGACACCAGUCACGCGGAGGAGUAUGGCUGGAUUUGGUGCGAAUCCAACGAAGGGGCGCAGGGAUGGCUCCCCAGCAGUUGCUUGGAUCUCAACUACAAACAGACCAGCAGCCCAGAAAUAGGCAUUGCAAACAUGUCUGGGUCUGGAAGAUUGCAGCGGUUUUUUAUGCAGAUUUUCCAGGUUUUUGGACGGUCGAAAGUUGGCAUCAUGUUGACCAAGACAGAUUUGCAAUGCAUACGAAAAUGGCGGAAUCAAUAACCAAAUGGUGCCCUCGCGACGGAGCAGCAUGAACUCUGCACACUCGUCGCAGGAGGAGGAUCCCCUGGCGCAGUGGAACGAAAAGCUUGCCGAGACCUUCGUGCUGCAUUGUAUUUUCGUAUCUAAUUAUCAGUGCCAAAGAAGGAGCUUUGCAUCUAUAAAAUUUCUACCUCGAUCGUUGUGACGCUAAAAAUUAUUAAGUAGUGGAUUUUGUUUUUCUUUGUUGCAAGAAAGACACCUAAAAAAAUCCCCUCUCAGCCAUGCGCAAUCUUGUCCGGUUAGUGCAGUACGUGGUGAACUUACUGAACCCCUACGGCGCUGCCACCAGUCUCCACAUCGCGUGUUGGCGCGGGUCCAUAGACGCGGUCGAGGUGAUGAUAGAGGCCGACCCGGACCUGAUAAAGCGGCUGCACGCCACCGCGGGGCAACUGACGCCGCUCCACGUGGCCACGAUUUGCAACUACCCUGAAGUAGUGCAGUUUCUGCUGGACGCGAAGGCCAAUUGCAACAUCCCCACGGUACACGAGUUGUCGCCCCUGCACCUCGCCGCGAGCGCCAACAGCGAGCUGGUGGAAAUUCUGGUGCAGAGCCGCGCAAACGUCGACGCCGAGGAUGCCGACGGCAACACGCCGCUCAUUUUCGCGUGCUGCUACCACCAGGUAAAAGAAAUGCUAUAACAUCAGUAGUCUUCGCAUGACACAGUGGCUUUGGCGUCCGAGUUGCGCAAUACAGAUUUUAGACUACCGUUCGCCAUACACACAGCUUUUUUCCAAACCUCCCAGGUCCAGACAAUCGAGUACCUUGUCGAGAAGCAGGCGGACGCUAUCCAAGGAAAAGAAUGUUUCACUGUGAACUUGGGAUGCAGAGGAUGCAACACAGAAGCGGUUGUUUUGCUACAAAUGCAAGACAGUAAGUUUUUUUAGAUCCUGUGUUUUUGUUUUUCCCAUAGGAAGCAUGCAUAGUGAGACAGUUUUUUCAUACGAUAGACUCGCUAUCCGGUGCAAAAACCUUGGCCGCUACGUCACACUUGUUGUGCAUCGAAUGUGCAUAAUGCCCAGAACUACGUGUCUCGUGCGCCGUCCGCACGACGGAGACGAAGAAAGGCAUUUGGUGCUGUUGCGGUUUCGGAAAAAUUUGUCGUGCGUUGACGUGGAUAAGAUAGUGUAGUGAUGCCGAUGCGGCUACGUCACAACUGGCAGCAACCACAACGACACUGCAGACAGGAACUUUUGAUCAUGCGUGACUUACUCACAAUACACACAGAACAACUUGCACUUGAGCUUGUGGAUUUGUAUAGCACAAUUCACCCCAUCGUGUAGCUGUGUGGCGCCUUUUACCGACCACGGUUUUGCACAGGAUGCGCGCGGAAGUGCAACCGUUGGGACGUGAGUCCCUGCCACCUCGCUGGUGCGUAUGCGGAGCUGGACGGUGCGCUUUACGCCCUGCAGCUGCUCUGCUCCGUUGGCGCAGACCCGUGGGUGAAAGACGCCGGAAACCUGACGCCGAUACAGACCGUGCGCCGCGUUCUGCAAGCGAAGAAAAGCAAGAGCAGCGGGGUGGCGGAGCUUGACCCCGUUAUGGAAUUUCUUGACCAAUUCACCUCGGUGACGAAACUCAAGCCCGCGGCCCGACAGGCGUAUCGUGCUGAAAAGUACUUACAUCCCAUCCGCACCACAGAAAAAGAUGACUUUUGUCAUACUGUUUUUCGUUCAAAGAGUUGUGAGAUUGUAAUGCGGACUAGGAGGUUCACAAAGAUCAACGUCGUGGUGCCCAAGUUGUUUUUCAUGCUGCGCAGUCAGCAGUGGUUUCCUUUUGGUUUUCGGUUACACAACAAGAAAACCGCAUGCCAAAUAUUAAUAUUUUUGAAUAUGAUGCGGGUGUGCGUUACUUCUGUUCUCCUGGAUACGUCGGUCCUGAAGAAAAGAAGAAAGGAGCGGGAGAUGAAAGAAGCCAAGGAUCAGGAAACACCCCGGGCAAACCAGAACAAGCGCAAGUCGGACGCGUUUAUUAUGUAUGCAUUGCAAGAAUGAAUAUAUAGUCUGGGUGUUUUGGAUCUCUAAUGGUGCCAUUCAGACCUUGCAUCAGCCGGCAUGUCCGUGAUGGUCUUGCAGUGGCAUCUUCACGGCUCCUUUCAUCAGGAGAAGAGGACGCGCUGAUGUUGCCUGUCCAGCAUGAGAAAUGCACUGUCCGCUGCUCCUCAUGCAACACAGAUUUUUGUAUGAUCCAGGUCCAGGGGAAUCACAGGGGAAGCAGCUCCCGAAUCACAUUCAAUUCGCUUUGUUCUUCUAGAACGCCAGACCUAAAUUUGCGAUGCAUAUCCUGGAAGAAGCCGAAACGCCCCGGGAAGAGGACGAAGAGAAGAAGCAGGCGGCGGUGAAGGUAUUCCUGCGGAUAGAAAUGUUCUUUUUCUUUUCUGCGUCAAACACUCUGGAGCUUUUGCUUUUCUUGCGAGGUUUCGCACAGUGCAUCAGAAUGAAGCCUCGAAGAUCUUAACUCGCCAUUUUCUUAGACUUAUGCAUCGGAUGUAGUGUGAGUACAACAGAUGCACACACACAAACAAACCUUGAUGUAAGAUAAGGAACGAUUAUCAGGCUUCCACAAUCGCCGCCGAGCUGCAGCAAGAGAAUCAGAAACUCUCGAACGAUAACCGCGAGCUGAAGCGACAAUUGGAAAAAGUGCAGGCGGAGUUGAAAUCUGCGGAGACCACCGCGAAGGCGAACAAGGAACUGGCGUCCCAAGUGUCGCAGCAGCGCCGGGACCAGGAGCGGGAGUUUCAGAAUAAGCAGAACGAACAGGACAAAACUAUGCACCGCAAACGCACUAUUGGCGAACUCGUAAAUCGCAAUACUGACUGAGAAAUUGCAGUACUAUAUGAGCAACCACGCUCUCUAUGUGAAUUUGUGCAUCAAUACAAAUUCCGUUUUUCCUUUCGGGAAAAUUGAUCUUGCGACUUGUUCAGCUAGUACGCUACCUUUGCAGUGAAUAAAAGCGCAGCAGCAGCAAAUCAAGAAACUGGAGCAGCAACUGCAGGAAAAGGAUGAUCAGUGGAAGAAAAAACUAGAAGACGAAAAGGAGCGACUGAAGAAGCUAAACGAAGAAAUCACGGAGCAACUGGUGAAAAAAUCGGAGCAGAAGUCCUCUGGCGACGUGGCCGCCCUGACCUAUCACACAGAAAAAAACUGGCAGGUCAUAUUUGUAAUGCAAAAAUAAAUAGACAAAAUACAAAUAGAAAAAAUUUGUAUUGUGUAUCCUAACGAGCAUGUUAUGAGGCCGCCCAUGACAGAUUUUUCUUCGUAUUUAUUUUUGCAUUACAAAUAUGCCCUGCCAGCUUUUUUCUGUGGGAUAUGACCGUGAAGCUGCAAACCAUCGAAAACGACCUGAAGUCUAUGGAAGGAAAAAAGUGUGCUAGUAGUGUAAGUUUAUUGUUGUUGGAGGAACAGUAAGAACGAGAAGUACAAGUUUACGUGGCAUGACAGCGAAAAGUUGUCUCAUGUUGUUGAGAGUGCGCAGUCACAGAUAGUAUCUCUUCGAAGUCAAGAUUCUACGGUGCGUGACGAGCAUGACAAAUCUACUUGGGCGUCGAUUUAUUUUCCGCGUCUUCGCAGAUUUACACUUACACUACAGAUUUUUUCUCUUGCAUACACUCCACGAAAAACAGUCUGACGGAGAAGCAGUCGGAGUUAUCGGUAGCCAAAGCGGAUUUAUCCAAAGCGCGCGAGGACAAGGCGCGGGAAACCAGGCAGCUGCAGUCGGACCUGGAUUCCAAGAAGGAGAGGAUACGGAUCCUGGAAGCCGAAGUGAAAGAGCUGAAAACGUCGCUGGAAAACGCGGAGUCCGAGUUAAAUCGCGCAAAGAAGGGCCUGCACGCGCUGGAGGAGUAUACCGAGCGCGCGGAGCGAGCCGAGCGCGCGCUGAAGCCACUCGAGCAGCGGAACGUGCAGCUAGAACACAUGUUUGCGGAGGAACAGGCAAUAGUAUCCGAGUGCACAAUGAGGACAAGAGCCCCCUCCUGUUUACUCGCAUUUUUGCAUCCGGCCUACAGCAAUAGAAGCAAAAGCAACGAAUUGCACUGCAGUUCUUUGCGCAUGACAAGUGAAUGACACUUGGAGUGCAGUGCUGUUUGACAUAGAGAUCAACAUCACCCCGACACUUGUCAUGCACAAUAGUGAAACACCGAGCACUAUUCGUUUUUUGCAUAAAUGCGUACAAGUGAAACGCGGGAGGGCGGGGAGGUGCUGUGCACUGUGAUAAAUCCGACGGAAGUACCACAACCAAAUCCAGGAGCUGAAGGGCGCGAUUCGGGUGUACGCGCGGGUUCGGCCGCUGAUCGCCAAAGAGAAAAACGACAACGAAGAGCAGUGGCUGAGUAAGCUGGACGAGUUCUCCGUGAAUUUGAAGCGCGCGGAAAGGCGGGAAAACAAGGAAUACACUUUCGACGGGAUCUUUGACCACAACAACACACAGGAGCAGGUGUUCCGAGAUUGCAUAUCCCAGGAGGAGAAAAAAAAUGUCUUCAUCCACUUAAGCCCUUGCAUUACCAUACUAGGUAAGGGACCACUCAGUGCCGAGCAACACAAAUUCGCGAAGCUGGAUGAGGACUUAGACAAAUAAACCUCGGAUGCUUAUUCAACUAGCAAGAGAACAAACCUGCAUGUGGUGGAACAGGUGUCUACUUUAUUCUUCGAUUUUAUUUUAGCAUAUCAGAAAAACUGCAUUCCAAGGGGCUUCCGCAUUCCAAGUUGAGACUGGGCCAGUUUUUUCUCCCGAUAUCGCAAGGAUCUGAUCCAAUCCGCGGUAGACGGCUACAACAUCACCAUUUUUGCGUACGGGCAAACGAUACCAAAUGCAAAUGUGUCUGGGUCGUCUGGAAAGUUGUCAUGCUGGUACCAUGUGGAAGGAUGAUGAGAAGCAGCGGGCAAUGCACGGCCGCGCGAGACGAAUUUUGAUUUAGUAGCUGUAUGUCGCCUACUACUCCGCAUGAGAAGUAGUCGCGGCAUUGCGUCGUGACAAAGAAGCCACACCGCGCUUACGCUACGUGCGUCACAUGUCAACGUGGGAGUCACAGAUUUGUUGGCCGCGCAUUACAAAAAAAACUUCCUGACCCAGACCGAUGUUUGCAAUGCAUAGACGGGCGCAGGCAAAACCCACACGAUGUACGGCGGCGAGGGCGAACAGGCGGGGCUAGUGCCACGAACGAUUAAAGAAAUUUUCACUAUCAAAACGAAAAAUAGCAACCGCUACGAGAUCAAGGUAUAAAAUGUGUUGAACUACGUGGUCCAGCAGUCUAGGAAAGCUAGUAGUUGCUUGGGUAUCGUUCUGGCACUUGGAAAAAAAUCGUCCGAUGACAAUCAAUAGAGAACCAUUUGCACAGCUGUAUCACCUUCAUGUUGUUCAGAGUAGUGCACAGCGAAUCGCUGCUACAGGUGAAAGUGUACAUGGUGGAGGUGUACCGCGACGAACUUGCCGACUUGCUGCUGCACGGCAAGAAGAAAUCACCCGGACAGCUAGAGAUCAAGCGGGACUCGCGCGGUAUCCCUCGCAAAAGUAUCGCACUUCUCGUGUAAAUUCCAUUUACAAAAAAGCUUAGUAUGACAGAUACAGAUGCUGGAAUUUGUAAAUGCGGUUUUAGAAGUUUAGGAAGGCGGUUUGUCGGGCAUGUCUGCAAUUACUACGAGCGCAAUUGUACUUUUGCAACUCAUACGCGGGACCAUCUACAUCGAGAACGUCUCGGAGAUGGAGGUGCAAUCGGCAGAGGAACUCCAGUAUGAACUGCAAAUAUGUCUAGGCACCCACCUGGACAUUUGUGAUGCGAACGUCCUAUGUUUCUGGUGCUUUCAAGUGCAGCCAAGCAUGACAAGUUCAUUUGCUGCUGUCUCAUGCGUCACAGAGGUGACAUUCUGCGUUUUUGCAUCGCGAAGAAAGUUGCGCUUUCUUUGCCGGAAAGAAAAUACAGAUUUUUUAUCAGCUGUGCGGGACAGGCAACACAAGUUCCGCUUUUCCAGAGUCAAACAUGUUUGCAGUGCAUAUCCAGAUGUGGCUCGAUCGCGGCAUGGAGAAGCGGCACACGGCGGCGACCAAAAUGAACACCGACUCGUCCCGUUCACAUUUGAUCACCACCAUUCUGCUGGAAGUCUACAACAGAUCCAAGAAAACCACGGCCCUGGGAAAGAUCUCGCUCGUCGACCUGGCGGGGAGCGAACGGCUGAAAAAGUCCGAAGCGACCGGCGAGCAGGCCAAGGAGGCGAUGGCGAUCAACAAAUCGCUAACCGCCUUGGGGGAUGUCAUCUAUCAAAAGGAAAAAUCCCCCCUCCACAUAUCACAACGACGAUUCUGAUGCUGGAUUUGCGUACACAAAUCCGACUUGUCUUGCUGGCGAGAACUGCAGGCCCAUAUCAAGCCUGAGAAGACAGGUUUUGGCCUAGGCGCUUAGCAUGGCAGACGUUUAUGCUGUAGGAGCAUGAGCAUGACAAACCGCCUGUAGAAUGCGGCGGAGCCUGUGCAGUUGCCUUGAUGCAACACAGAGACGAUUUGUGGUCACAAAUCAGCAACGCAAAUUUUCGAAAACGUACCUUGUCAAUAUGGGGAGGGGGGAUUUUUCCUUUUGAUAUCAUCGAGGCGCUCACGAGCAAAGCGAAACACGUACUGUCAUUGCUUUCAUCUCUACUUUCGUCACGAAGCACAGGAAAAGAUAAAGAUGUAGCUUGAUUAGCAUGAUUGAAGCCUCCGUCUGUCAUGCGAAGAUAAUAGGAACCAAGAUCCAUCUUCUGGUGGUAAAAUGUACCAAAAUAGUGCAUUUCCAAGCACUAAAAAUAAUAUCCGCAGAUUCCGUACCGCAACCACAAGCUGACGGAGCUGAUGUCGGACUCGCUCGGGGGGAACGCGAAGACGCUGAUGUUCGCCAACUGCUCCCCGGCGGCCAGUAACGCCGAGGAAUCCAUGGGCACCAUGAACUACGCGAGUCGCGCGAAGUUGAUCACAAACAACGUGUCGAAGCAGCAAGAAAGCAAGGAACUCUCACGGCUGAAGCAAGUGAUCGCCACCAUGAGCAAGGAAAUGUCCAUGAACAACCAAAAUUUGCAGGGCGCAACCAUCGACCAAGCGGGCUUGCAGGCGGCGCUGCUGGGAACAUGAGGUUGAAAUAAACGCGAAUGUUGAGCCAAGUGCUUUUACGAUAACACCAAAUCUAACGAAUAACUUCAAAAUUGAUAGUAAGUACAACUAUACGAUGAAUGUCAAAUCUUUACAAUCUUAAUCUUAUCCAAAAGCACAAGAGUGAAUUGCUGAAGCUAAUGAACAUCGGCGCGUCCCCUUUGGCGUAGCCCUGUCUAGAAUUUUGCUGCAAGAAGAUUGUUACCCUGCUACGCUGGAAAUAAUAUCGAGCCGUACUAGAGGUACCCCCUUUAGUUCUGCUGCAAUAUCGACGAGGAGAGUAAUGAAUCAGAAUCUGUUGUACAAGCGGUCGUCUUUUUGCCACGAAGAAAAGUACUAUAUGCCUUCGGCACACUAAGAACUCCAACUCACCCCCACCUUGGAUGAAAUCAUGUACCUAUCGAACCUCGAACUUGGGAGAGAAGAUAGCACGGAAAAAGGCAUGAUCUGUUUGCAUCCCUGAAAGAACAACGCCACCGACAGAACAAUCAUCAUCUUGGAGAAUUUAACGGACUUCUACACGGCCUGCCACGACCGGUUGAAGAUACACAGAUAAAGAAAUGAAACACGAGCCCCCCAUCUCCCCAUGUACAAACACGCUACGUUGCGCCUCUUGUAUCUAUCACUUUGCAAAAUGAAUCAGAAUGAAGCCAUGUGAAUAAACGUGAAGAACGACGACUGCUGGUCACUGCAGGAAACAAUAC